AUGGAAGAGGCCAGUGAUCGUGCGAACACUGCAAAUAAGACUCAGCACAACCAAGAAGUGGCAAGAAACCGGGACAUCAUGCGACGCCUGAUAGACGUGGCGAUAUUUUUGGCCAAACAGGGUCUCCCAUUCCGCGGUCACGAUGAAACGAUGGAGAGUGUCAAUCGUGGCAAUUACGUGGAAGCGCUCAACCUGGUCGCAGCUCACGACCGAGUGCUCAGCGAGCACAUGGAGAGCAGUGCCAGCUUCAAGGGCAUCUCAAAAGACACACAGAAUGACCUGAUACGUCAUAUUCAUGACGUGGUCACGGAAGUCGUGCAAAAAGAGAUCAGGGAGGCCAGCUUCUUGGCUGUCGGAGCUGACAGCACUACAGACAUCUCAACAGAAGAGCAGCUUGUCACUACGGUCCGUUAUGUGGACGGCAAUGGCGACAUACAAGAGCGGUUCAUGGGCUUCCAGGCUAUGGCUGGUAGGCACGACGCAGCCUCUGUAGCGGACAAAGUGCUGGCUGUGUGUCGUAAAAUCGACUCUUGUGAGACUAAGCUUGUGAGCCAGUCGUAUGACGGUGCCUCCGUUAUGAGCGGCAGGGAAAAUGGCGUGCGCGCCAUCGUGCAAAGUCACUAUCCACAUGCCGCCUUCAUGCACUGCUACGCCCACCGACUCAACCUGGUGCUUAUGGACGGUGCUGAUAUAAGGGAGGUGAGGAGGUUUUUCUGCGCUGUUCGUGGCUUCCAUACGUUCUUCAGCCGCAGUGCGAAGCGCACAGCCCUGCUGAAAGAGUGUGGCACCACACGCCGUAUGGUGGCCGGCUCGGAAACCAGAUGGCAGUACCUGGAAAGAGCGGUGCACGUGAUCAGGGGAAACCUGACUGCUCUGAGACAGGCGCUCACCAUUAUCAGCGACAGUAACGAGUGGAUGUCAGACGCACAGGCGGUCUCCAGUGCAAAAGGCCUGCUCACGCACCUAUCGUCUCUGGAGUUUCUCUUCCUGCUGGUGCUCUACGACGACAUUUUCUCCAUCACUGGAAAGCUCUAUCAAAAACUACAAAGCAAAACGCUAGACGUGGCUAUCGCCGUCACCAGUGUAGUCGAUUGCCAGGAGCAGUUGAAACGGCUUCGAACAGAAGAGGCAUACAAGCUGAAGAUGGACCAGUCAGCCGAGCUCGCUGGGGAGAGUGCGGCACCUCGAAAGAGGCGACGGAAGGAGUGGGGUGACUGCCUGCCAUACGGAACGGAGGCGGCGGCUGGCGCAACAGGAGCCGAUGACACGCUGCAACGGGUGCACCAUGAAGCCCUGGAUCAGUGCAUCCAAGCGCUGGGUGAGCGGUUCAAGGACCACUCCGUGCUUCAGAUAUGUGAGCUGCUCGCCCCGGAACGGUACGGGAGUUUCAAUCAGAGCCGUCCUACAGCGCAGCUGCAGUCUCUGCAGCGACACUAUGGAGCUCUUUUCGAUCUUGACAUGCUUCAAAAUGAGCUGAAAGCAGUGUGGGGCUCUACCGACAUGCACCUGGCGCCGCAGCAACUCCUGCAACACAUGAAAAGGCAGGGGCUGACAGACGCGUUUCCGGAGACCCAUCGUCUGUGUCUUCUCAUUCUCACCAUAAAGCCGACCACAGUAUCUGAGGAGAGAAGCUUCUCCGUGUUGAAGCGUGUCAAGACCUACCUCCGCUCGACCAUGUCCCAGGACCGUCUCAGCUACCUCAGCAAACUGCAGAUCGAGGCUCCUCUUCUCAGCAGACUGCAGAAGGAUGGCGUUCUUUACGAGAGCGUCAUCGAAAGGUUCGGACAUCAGAAGGAUCGGAACAUCAAGCUCUUCUUCCGCUAG